UUCCAUUCAGCACGACAAUUUGAACACAAUGACAUCUCCAAAAUUUCUCUUCUUCUAUCUGACGUGUUUGUUCUUCGGAAAAGUUGCUCAGACGACUGAUGCAAAAUUAUCCUCAUCUUUUCAUCAAGAGAGUAGUUUUGUAUCAGCUAAAACUGGAGAUAACUUAACUUUGAGAUGUUUCUAUGAAGGCGAUAAUGCUUCAAAGUUUUACUGGUAUAAGCAAACUCUGGGACAAGAACCACGGCUCAUCUCUACUUACUACAAGUUCAAAAAUGGAUUAUUUCAUGAUGAAUUCAAAAACAAUUCACGCUUCACAUUGGAUACUGAAAAUGGUAAACAUCACUUGAAGAUCACAGAUUUGCGCGUUUCAGACUCAGCUACCUACUACUGUGCAAGUAAUGCAUAUAGUUUUGAAUUUGCGGAGGGAACCUUAGUCAAUGUAGAAGGUUCAGGUUUGAAGAUCCCAGCUACGGUCCAUCAGUCAGCAUCUGAGAGCAUCCAGCCAGGAGGCUCUGUGACUCUGGACUGUACAGUACACACUGGGACCUGUGAUGGAGAACACACCAGUGUUUACUGGUUCAAAAAGUCUGAAGAAUCUCAGCCAGCACUCAUUUACACCCAUGGAGGCAGGAAACCUAACACACAACCACACACCUGUGUCUACAAGCUGCCGAUGAAGAGUCUGAAUCUUUCUCAUGCUGGGACCUACUACUGCGCUGUUGCCUCAUGUGGACACAUUCUGUUUGGAAAUGGGACCAAGCUGGACUUAGAAGAUCAGGUGGGUUCUCCUGGUUUGGUGUAUUUCUUGAGCGGUGCUUUAACAUUCACCACCAUCCUGAAUGCUUUACUAGCUUUCUCAUUGUACAAGGUGAACAAGAGAAACAGCUGCCAAUCUACAGAUAACCAAGCAAGAUUUCCAUCUCCCUCCACAGUGAAUGCAGAGGGUUACCAAGAUGCAGACAACCUCCAUUAUGCUGCUUUAAGUGUCAACCUGCCCAACAGAUCGAGAAGGCAGAGGAACAACACCAACGAUGAAUGUGUGUACUCCAGUGUUAAACAAUAGAGCUGGACAUGUUUCAUUUGCAUUGUGAGUGAAAUCUGAGGAUGUGUAAUGUAGAUUUAGAUAUAGAUCUUGAGAUAACAAGUUUUAUUAAGAUGCAGAUUCUUUGUUGUUUUGCAUUUUUCCGGUACAGUUAGGACAGGUUCAUUGCUUGCCUU